AACCAAUUUUUUACUUAAAAUAAUUUUAGUGUUUCAUCAGACGUUUAAUAAGAUUAAUUACCACAUAAAAUCUAUUAGUUUAUCAUUAGUGAACUGUUUUACAAUAUAUAAAGGAGGUUUAAAUAUUUAAAAAAUGCAACAUCAGUACUGGAUAACCAAACAAACACUAUCCCGAAAAUUAGGUCGUAAAGAAGAUGAAUGCAUUGUAUCAUCUGAUGCACAACUAGAUGCUAAAUUAGAACUCUUUCGAAACAUCCAAAUGUCUUGUACUCUUAUACAAAGAAUAAUCGAUAAAUAUCAAGAAUCUAUUUGUUAUUUAUCACAAGAAAUAAAUUCAAUGGGAAAAUUUCUUAAAGAGAAUACAGAUGAAGAUAAGUCACGUACUGGAGAUAUUAUGCUAACUAUAGGAAAAUCUCUUAUUUUUUGUGCUCAACAACAUUUAAUUUUGCACGAACCUUUAAUUAGAUUUUAUCACGAACUUGAAACUUUUCGACAACGAGCAGUUGGUGACACACUGCAUAAUGUUUUAGCUAUGGAGAAAGCUCGAACGGAAUAUAGGGCUGCUUUGUCUUGGAUGAAAAAUAUAUCUCAACAACUUAAUCCAGAUACAAUAAAACAGUUAGAAAAAUUUAAAAGAGUACAACAUCAAGUAAGAAGGGGUAAAUUCAACUUUGACAAACAAUCGCUGGAUUGCUUACAAAAAAUAGAUUUACUCGCAGCUGCUCGUUGUAAUAUGUUUAAUUAUGCAUUGAGUUUAUAUCAAAAUAAAUUGAUGAAUUAUAUUGAAAAAACUGCUAGGACAUUUUCUACAAUUUCAGCAAGUUUUGAACAUCAAAGUAAAAUAUCUGAUAAAAUUGAUAUAAAAAGAUUAAAAAAGAAUGAAUUAGAUUCUAAAGAAGAUAAACACAUUAAUCAAAAUUCAGAAUUUCUUAAAGAUAAAGCGUCAUUAAUAAAUAAUUCGUCAAUCGGUACAAGUAUGUUUGAUGAAUUCACUACUGAAAAUAUAAAAUGUAAUCAAAUGGAUGUAAGUAAUAUACAAGAUUCUUUACUACGAUUUUGUGAUUGGGAAAUACCUAAUAGUUCACGCCACUCGUACACUCAAGAACAGAGUAUUGAAUUAGAGAAUGUAUCAAUAUCUAAGUACAAAAAUAAAUACAAUGAAGUUUCUAAUACAGAAGUUUUAAAAGGUGAAGAUAUUUAUGAAAAAAAUUAUAAUACUGAAGAUGAAAGUAACUUUCUCCCUUCAGCAUUUUUGAAACAAAGCUUAGAAACUGCCCUUAAUAAAUCGAAGUCAUCAGAAAACAAUUUUCUUACAGAUAAGAAUAAUGUUAAUAAACAUAUGUUACUGCAGAUGGAUUGUUUGAAAAAUAGUGACAAUACUAAAUCUUGGAUGAAUUUAUUCGAAGACUUGGACCCAUUAUCAAGUAAUUUAAAUGAAAAACUUACGAAGUAUAAAAGUCCAUUUGUUUAAA